AUGGGUUCCGGGAUUUCAAAGGUUAUGGAUGACCUCCUUGAGGACACCAACUUCGACAGAGAUGAGAUUGAAAGGUUAAGGAAACGGUUCAUGAAGCUGGAUAGGGACAGUUCUGGAUCUAUAGAUAAAGGCGAGUUUAUGUCCAUUCCCGGCGUCUCGUCAAAUCCGCUCGCUGGACGUAUCAUGGAAGUAUUUGAUGCUGACAACAGCGGAGACGUUGACUUUCAGGAAUUCAUAGCAGGUCUCUCCAUAUUUAGUGGUAGAGGCAGCAAGGACGACAAACUUAGGUUUGCGUUCAAGAUCUACGAUAUUGACAAGGACGGUUAUAUCUCUAACGGAGAACUCUUUAUUGUUCUCAAGAUCAUGGUUGGAAACAACCUUGAAGAUGAGCAGUUGCAACAGAUUGUUGACAGAACAAUUCUCGAGAGCGACAAAGACGCUGAUGGAAAGCUAAGCUUUGAGGAGUUCAAAAAUGCGGUGGAGACAACCGAAGUCGCUAAUUCCUUAACCCUGCAAUAUGAUAUAUGA